CUUACUUGUGUUUACCCUAAACAAAACCAGACAUCAUUACUUGCAUGUUCACUUGUGUUUCUGCUGACUUCAUAACUUGUGUCUGAUUUUUUAGUACUUUGAAAAAGAAACAAGAACUUAUCAGUUUAUAUUACGGUAUCAACAUAUAAUGUUGGACAAGGAUUGGGUGCAUCUUGGCAGAGCUGAUCCUGCUUAUGAGAGAGGGGCUACAAAGUUUGUACGGGCUGUGGCUGCAGCUUUGGGAGAUGUUGAUAUGAUAGUAUGUCCUUGCAUUGAUUGUCGUAAUAUAGAUCGUCACUCAGGCAGCGUAGUUGUUGAUCAUCUUGUAACAAGGGGAAUGGAUGAAGCUUAUAAGAUGCGGUGUGACUGGUAUCAUCAUGGAGAAUUAAAUUCAGUGGCUGAAAGUGAAAGCAAACUAAGUCAAUGGAAUGACGAGGUAUUUGAGUUAUAUCAAGCUGCUGAGUAUUUGGAUGAAGAGUUUGCAGAAAAGCUUGACUUGGCUGAGAUUGCAGAGGGCGAUGACAAGAAAGAAGAUGAUGAUUUUCCCGCGUACGGGAAUCUUGCUGGCUGCAAAGUAAAGGGUAAAAUGGGUUGUCCUUUAUGUGGGAAAAAUACAGAUAGCAUGUGGUUGAAGUUCAGCAGAAAACAUGUCUUUAUGCGCCAUAGAAAGGGUCUGCCACCAACACAUAGAUUUAGAGGGAAGAAGUCAUGGUUUGAUGGAAAAGCUGAACAUGGGAGGAAGAAGAGAAUAUUAAGUGGUCAGGAGAUUUAUCAAAACCUGAAAAACUUUAAGAAUAGCUUUGGGAACUUGAAACAACAUGCAAGUAAGAGAAAACGUGUUGAAUAUUCUAGACCAGGUUCUGAUAGUGAUGAUCUAUCUAGUGAGUCAGAGGAGUAUGAAGAGGAAGAGGAACUCCCGGUUAGACAUAACUUAGAUGUCAUGCAUGUGGAAAGAAAUGUGGCUGCGAGUAUUGUAUCGACAUUGUUGCAUUGUGGGAAAUCCAAGGAUGGUCUGAAUGCUCGCAAAGAUCUGGAGGAGCUUGGUAUUAGAAAGGAUUUGCAUCCUAAAAUCAAAGUAAAAAGAACAUAUCUUCCCGCAGCACUUUGGUCUCUGUCCAAGACAGAGAAGAAGAUUUUCUGUAAGCGACUAUUUGACUUCAAAGGCCCAGAUGGGUACUGUUCAGAUAUAUCAAGAGGCGUCUCGUUAGAUGAUUGUAAGGUCACAGGUCUGAAAUCACACGAUUAUCACGUGUUAAUGCAACAGCUUCUUCCGAUUGCACUUAGAGGGUUGUUACCUAAAGGUCCUAGGGUAGCAAUUGUGCGCUUAUGUACAUUCUUCAAUCACUUGUGUCAGCGAGUAAUUGAUAUGGAGCAGCUUUUGGCAAUGGAAGCUGAGAUUGAUUUUGUGAGGAACACUGCAAGACCUGAGGGGUGUAUUGCUGAGUGUUAUCUAGCUGAAGAAUGCAUCCAGUUUUGUAGUGAAUUUUUGAAGAAGACAACAAAUGUUCAGGAAAGUGUAGAUAGAAACACUGAGUAUGAAAACAACACUAUACUUGAGGGGCGUCCAAUCUCACGAGGCAUCUCAUUUAAUCUUACUGAAAUGGAGAAAAAAAUAGCUCAUAUGGCUGUCAUCCAGAAUAUGGCUGUCGUUGAGCCUUAUGUAGACACCUACAGCAUCUACAAGACUCCAAUGGAAGAUGCAGACGUGAUGCAUCACUGUUAUGGAAUACAUCUAGAUUCAAACAGACAUGGAGAAACACUGAAAUGGUUAGCAUAUGGUCCACGUAGCUGCGCAAGGUCAUAUUCUGGUUACAUAGUGAAUGGGCAACGAUUUCACACAAUAUCAGUUGAUAAGAAAACUCAGAAUAAUGGCGUUUACUACGAGGCCACUGCAGUCUGUAGGUCUAGUGCAAAGGAUACCUCACAAGUGGUUGAUUUGGUAUCAUAUUAUGGUUGCAUAACUGACAUUAUCUUGUUGGACUAUAAUGUCUUUUAUGUUCCUUUAUUCCGCUGCAACUGGGCAGUAAAGGGCAAUGGAGUGAAGGAAGAAGACGGUUUUACGCUUGUAAAUCUGAAUCAUAGUCAAGUCUCCUUUUUGAGGGAUCCAUACCAUCUGGCCUCUCAAGCAAAGCAGGUGUUUUACCUAAGGGAAGAUGACUCAAGUAGUUGGUAUGUUGCAAUGAGAGGUCCUUCGAGAAGAUUCAGUCAGAAAGAGUAUGAAGAUGCAGUUGCAGACAUUGCAGGGAAUGAAGACACUUAGGUCCAGAUUAGGUAGUUUUAAUCAGUUUAAGACUAGACUAAUCAAAUUAUGUUAUGUAC